AUCUCCAGAAGGGUUUACUGCACCAUCUUAGCUAUGCCAUCACUGUACGAAGAAUGCUCUCGCUGCGGUCAAGAAACAAGUGGGGCUCUGUUCUGUUCAUCAUAUUGUCGCGAAAACUCCAUCGCCAAUCCACAAACGCCGCACGAGCCUCAGGAGCAGAGUGCGAUCCGCCCGCCACCUCAGACUACGAGAUCUUCAUCAGAGUGGGUCUUUCCCAUUGAGACCCAAUCUCAGCUUGGACAAUAUCCAGAUUCUUUUAAACUACUUUCACCCCAAGGCCGUUCGACACCAAUUCCCCAUAGUGCUCAGAACCAAUUGAAUGAGUACGCUUCUUCAUUUAUCCAAAGCUCACGCAAAAACGGAUUGGAUAUUACUCCGACCGACAGAGGAACGAUGCGACCCGAGCCUCGAUAGCCAAUAUCUACAACAAUACCAAGUAUAAACAAAACGCAAGCUUAGAACGUAUUUCCGAUAGCAACUGGCGGGACAAUUCUGAACUCUGCGAUACAUUUGUCAUUGUAUUUUCCUAAUCGACGAACAAUUCAUACCAGACAUUAUUCAGAAAUUUGCCCCCCUCGGCGCUAGGUAAUGUAAUUAGGCCCAUACGAUCCAGAAUCUGACCGAAUUUGUCCGUAGCUAACAUGAAUCCUGCCCGCUUCAAUUUCCUCCUGUGUUGUAAUGAACCAGAC